AGAGUAAGUCAUAUACUUUUUUAUAGGUAUAUCAUCACGUAGGGUGGGCGGCACCUCACGUCCUGUAGCUCUACCUACUCAUUAAGCGCACUGCUGUAUCAUGACAACAGCCUUCCCCCCACGUCCACCUCCACCUCCACCGGCACCGGCACCGGCCCCUCACCCCCAAACGCCACAACACCGCGGCAGCGCCACCUCGCCCUUCUUUCGCAAACCUAGCGCCUCAACCACCGCGCGGGACCCUCUCAACAGGAACCCUCAUCGGGAUUUUAAAACGCAAGACUCAGCUGAAAGUUUCUAUAUCUAAUGGAAUGUACGAGACUGUGAACGGGUCAGAAGACAGUGAGAC